CCCAAUCGGUUGCAGAGUCUCUUGCCCAACGGAGCGUACUCAAGAGGAAGCGGUUUGUGGAUAAACGCUGACGGAAAAUAAAAUUGAAAACAACAGUUUUGUAAAUAUAUAUAUUUUUAAAUUUUAAAAAUUAAUGUAAGCCCUCUAUUUUCAAAUUGUGCUCCAGGGUGCUUGUUCAGGCAGUACGUUACAACGAUUGUACUGCAUUUUCCUGAUGUCUGCUGAAGCUUCUGGUGGGGACGUGGUGCCGGAGCCCAACUGUACCCCUCCGUCCCCCAGCCAUGGCGUAGAAAAGAAGGCAGGACCGGGUCUGGCUGGCAGUAAGUAUGUGAAGCUGAACGUCGGCGGAUCCCUGCAUUACACGACAGUCCAGACCCUCAGUAAAGAGGACAGCCUGCUCAGGAGGAUAUGUGAUGGCAGCGUGGAGGUGACCAUCGAUUCAGAAGGCUGGGUGGUGUUGGACAGAUGUGGCCGGCAUUUCUCCCUGGUGCUGAACUUCCUGCGGGAUGGUACAGUGCCACUUCCUGAGAACCAGAGGGAGCUGGAGGAGGUACUGAAGGAGGCGCAGUACUAUAGACUGCAGGGUCUCAUCCAGCACUGUCUUUCCACACUGCAGAAACGCAGCGAGGUCUGUGAGGGAGGCUGUCGCAUCCCCAUGAUCACCUCUGCCAAGGAGGAACAGCGGAUGAUCGCCACCUGCAAGAAGCCUGUGGUGAAAUUGCAGAAUAAUAGAGGGAACAAUAAAUAUUCCUAUACCAGUAACUCAGAUGACAACUUGCUGAAGAACAUUGAGCUGUUUGAUAAACUGGGGCUGCGCUUUAAUGGAAGAGUGCUUUUCAUUAAAGACGUGCUCGGAGAUGAAAUCUGCUGCUGGUCCUUCUAUGGAGACGGACGCAAGAUCGCUGAGGUUUGCUGUACCUCCAUCGUUUAUGCCACUGAGAAGAAACAGACCAAAGUUGAGUUCCCAGAAGCUCGCAUCUUUGAAGAAACCCUAAACAUUCUAAUCUACGAGAAUGGCCGGGGCUCUGGUCAUGGAGGCAUGGGUUUAUUGGACUCGGGUGGUGUCUCAUCUCCAGGUGUGGGUCAGUCAGAGGAUGAUGGGGCUGGUGUAGACAGACGUGUGAGGAGGAUCCAUGUACGGAGACACAUUAUGCAUGACGAGAGGGGGCACGGACAGCAGACUGUGUACAAGGACUGAAAGCAGGGCUGGAGGGAGAAAUGACGAUACACAUGAGUAGUAAGAAGAGACUAAUGGUACUCUAACAGGAAAAUUGUGAAUAAUUAAUAUGCAGGGACUUGGAUACAAGGAUGGAAGCGUGAGGGGUGGAGUUGAGCAGCGAUGUGAAUCGAUCUUGGGUACAGUACAAAACUGCACUAAGAAAUAAUCUCAUGAGCCACAGUGUGGUUUCUUUUUAUUUUAUUUUUGAGGAUGAAUGUACAUCGUUCUGAUUUUUUUGCUUCAUUUUUAUUUAUUAUUCGGUUAAUUUAUUGUUCAUAAUUUUCAACUUAAAGCAACUGUGCGUGUGAAGAAUUGUGAAUACGUAAUGGUAAACUGUGAUGGUUUUCUACGUGUGUGUGUGUGUGUGUGUGUGUGUGUGUGUGUGUGUGUGUGUGUGUGUUGGGUCAGAGGUCCAGGGAGGUACUUAGAAGCGACUCAUCUUUAACUAAUGUACGAUGCAUGUUCCUGCUAGACUGGGUACCAUUCCUUAAAUUAUCCUAACCGAAGUGUUCAAGUGGCUCUUUAUAUAAACACUCCAGUGUUUUUCAACCUCAUCCUCAUCAACUGCGUCUGUAGCGUAUGCGUGUUGUGGAAAACCUGAGUAUAAGGAGAGUUGCAAAUUCCUGUCAGUAAGACGCAGUGCAUACACAAUAUAACUCAACCGUUAUAGAAGAAGCAACACAAUUAAGUCUUAAAGUUGUUCUUGUUUGGUUUUAUCCAACUUUCCAACACUUUCGCGUAAGAUUUGUGGUAUUCAUGGCCAUGAAGAUCUCCUCAACUAUUCUGGUAAGCCACAACAAGAAGUGACUCAGUAGUCCUCGGGAAGAAUAUAUAGUGGUUUAGAACAUUACCCGUGAAUUGAAGUUUGAAUAAACAUUUUAUAGACCUUAUCAAGCACCCUUAGACUUCUAAUAUAAUAAAACUCACCCAUAUGCUAUUGAUAUGAUGGAUAGAGACUCUUGUAAAAACACUGGAGUAUUUCUUCAAGGAGGUUCAUCUCAAUUUAGAAACCUGCUGAGCCGCCAGGCAGCGCGCGUGUUUUUUCUGUUUAAACCUUUAAAAGGCCGUAUAAGCCAGUGUGUUAAAGCAAACCCACAAUGCGUGUGAAUAUGGAAAUGUAUGACCAUUUACUUGAAGACUGACUGACUAGAAAGACAUUCAGGGCAUAUUUUACCCCAAUGUCACAGGAAACUGUCAAAAAAAAAAAAAAACCCAAACGUGAUCUGAACAGGAGUUACUUCAAUAGAACGUUCUAUACAAAUCUGCCAAACGUUGCUGCAUAUCCACUGCAAAAACGUCCAUUUUUGUUUUGGCUAUAAACAGGCAUUUUGUAAGAUGCACUGAGGGCUAUUUCUUUUUUUUUAGUAACCAUUCCUUUGUUUUACGUGGUGAUAAUCACAAAUCAUUUGUUUUGUUUUUUUCCAACCCAAAAAAACCUGCCAUGGAGUCAUCCUAACAUGAAGCAACGCGCUCGGCGGAAACGCGCUCAUGCAGACGGCGCUGUAGAUAACUGGCAGUUCAAUUAUAAGUGUAUGACUGACUCUUAAUGAUAACAUGGAUAUAAUGACCAAUUGCUAACCUGUCAAACUGCUGUAAAUAGGAUUCGCAGAGUUGUUGUACUAGACCACUGUUAUCUCUUAAGUGUCUCCUGGGAAUUGUUCUCGUUACCAGUGAAACAACAAUGUAAAGCUUACACUUUUUUUUUUUUUUUUUAAAUUAAGAAAUACAUAUUAAUAUGCACAGUAUUAUCAGACAUUUCUGAUGGUUAUGAGAAUUUUGAAUUUGUUUGGGAGCAUGUUAUGCUGUCCCUAAAUAAUGGUGGUUGUUAUUUUAUCCACAGGUCCAUUAAUAAAAUACUUUUUUAUACAUUAA